AUGGACAGUUUAGAUAAUUGUGUAGAAUUUGUAUCUCUUGGACUGGAUUCAAAUAAAAAGCCGUUAUUAUACAUCAAUCUAUACAUCCAAAAUUCCCUGGCAGAACCCCUUAGAACCCUCAUAGAUUCAGGAGCCACUUCCACCUUCAUCUCCCCCUCUAUUGUUGAAAAACUAAAAAUCCCAAAAACCCAACUCAAAAAUCCACAAGUUGUGAGAAUGUUAGACAGUACCAUAUCCCAGACUGGUUGCAUUUGGCACCAGGUCCACCUCAUGGUCUUGGCCAAUGGCCAUCCCCACACUGUCCCUUUCCUUGUUUGUCCCAUAGGCAACACCCCAGCAAUUCUAGGCAUGACCUGGUUAAUGGCAGAAGCUCCUCUCAUUGACUGGCAACAGGGACUUGUCACAUUCCCUGAGCAGGUACAAAUUGCCUUGGAAGAAGAAGCCAACCCAGACCCCUUAGCAGAUCUUCCGGCCCAAUAUCACAAAUUUGCCAAAGUCUUUGGGGAAGAGGAAUUCAAAGUGCUCCCACCUCAUAGGGAAUACAAUAUUGCAAUUGACCUCACUCCUGACGCAAAACUCUCCCCUGGCCCAAUUUAUGGCAUGACCAACGCAGAAUCUAAGGUGCUUAAACAGCACAUUGACCAAGAGUUGGAAACAGGCAAGAUCUGCCCUAGUACCUCCUUGGCAGGUGCACCGGUUAUGUUUGUCAAAAAGGCAGGUUCCCUUAGGCUGGUUGUGGAUUACCAGAAGCUCAAUGAUGUAACCCACAAGAACGUAUACCCACUCCCAAGGCAGGACAACCUCAUGGCUAAAUUAAGGCAUGCAAAGAUAUUCACUAAGCUUGACUUACAAUGGGGUUACAACAACGUCCAAAUCAAGGAAGGGGAUGAAUGGAAAACAGUGUUCCAUACCAAAUAUGGGUUGUUUGAGUAUCUGGUCAUGCCUUUUGGUCUCACAAACGCUCCUGCGGCAUUCCAGCAUUUCAUGAACAACCUGUUUAGGGAUCUCAUCAAUGUCACAGUGGUAAUUUAUUUGGACAACAUUCUCAUCUUCUCAGAGGACCCUGCAAAACAUCCAAAACACAUUAGAGAAGUCCUAUCAUGCUUGAUGAAAAAUCAGCUGUUCUGCAAAUUGUCAAAGUGCCACUUUCAUGUCACAACGGUUGACUACCUUGGGAUUGUCAUCUCCCCUGCUGGUUCAGUAGCUUGUCCCCUCUAUAAUCUCACAAGGAAGGAAACCCCAUGGUCUUGGGGCAGUCAGGAAGAAGAAGCUUUCCAAGAAUUGAACUCCUUAAUUACCAAGAGCCCAGUUCUCAUCCACUUGAAUCCAGACCUACCUUACUACCUUGAAACAGACGCAUCAGGGGUAGCAAUGGGUGCUAUCUUGAGUCAACAGGGAGAAGAUAAUUGCUUACAUCCAGUGGCUUACAUGUCAAAAUCCUUCUUGGGGGCUGAGACUAACUACAACACCCAUGACAAGGAACUACUGGCUAUCAUCAAAGCAUUAGAGGAAUGGCGCAUCUUCCUGGAAGCAACUGACAAGCCAAUCCAAGUCUUUACAGACCACAGGAACUUGGAAUCUUGGAUGCAAGCUCAGACAUUCAAUCAAAGACAUGCACGUUGGUGGAUCUUCCUGAGUGAUUUCAACUUUGAAAUUCACUAUCACCCAGGGAAGCAAUUGGGGAAGCCCAGCACACUAUCCAGACAAUUGGACUACAAGGAUGAUCCCCAGGGACCAGAGAUCAUGCUUCCAUCAGAAGUUUUUGCAAAUACAUUGGAAGAAGAACUUGAGAUUGUCACAGAAAUCUGCAACAGGCUGAGAGAAGACCCCUCCCUUGAACCAAUUAUCCAAUUCCUAACAGAAGAUGCUGACAAUGCUCCACCGUCAAUUUACUCUGAGCCCCUGAAGGAGCGGUUACUAAGGGAAUUCCACAACUCACCUCUGGUGGGACACCCAGGUCAGCAACAAAUGCUGGAACUACUCAGUAGAAGCUACUGGUGGCCAGGGAUGAAAUUCUUGGCCAAGGAAUGGGUUGAGUGCUGCCCCAUGUGCCAAGCCAACCGUUGCCCCCAUGGACCUGUCAUAGCCUUGAAACCCUUGGAAGUCCCACCAUUCCCAUUCCAUACCAUCUUGUACAACUUUAUCACUGGGUUCCCCAAGUCUCAGGGUCAUGAUGCCAUCCUUGUAGUCAUAGAUUCCUUCUCAAAGUUUGGCCACUUCAUCCCCACUUCAAAGAAGGUCACAGCAAAGGGCCUGGCAGACUUGUUUGUCACACACAUCUGGAAACUCCAUGGGCUACCAGUCAAAACAGUAUCAGACCAAGGAACAACAUUUACUGGGAAAUUCUUGAGGGCUCUCUACCAAUGA